CGGCUCCUCACUUGGCGCCGAGAGUUCGCGCGCGAGGGUCGUGUCGCGCGUUGCAGUGAAGCGCGCCGUCGAUGUUUCUUGGUGCAGUUCUUUAUGACUGACUCUUAUGUGUCUGUGUUAUGAAGUUUCCUAACCAGUGCGAGCCCUGAAGGGCUGUAUACAGUGCUCGUUCCAUCUCACUGGAGCCGCUGUCCCCGCAGCGGCGUCAUCAGUGAGGUAUGUUGAAGCACGUGGCCGUGUCUCCUCACCGCGCCCGCGCUGACUCCGUCAGCCUCGCCUCCUCCGCCUCCUGCUGCAGUCUCGGCAGUCUGGACAACAGGCACGACUCCGUCACAGACUUAUCACAUCGCACUACCACAAUCAAAGUGUACGCCCGAUGUCUCCGUCCGGACAUCGAGUACAAGACCUUGUCGGUGACGUGGGGCACUCGCGCCAAGGAGGUGGUGGCGACCCUGCUGGGGAAGUUCCGGAUGAGGCACCGGGACCCGAGGCUGUUCUAUCUUAGUAUGGAGGUUCGAGUGAGGGCCGCGGGCCUGAGGACUACUCUACUGCUAGAUGACGACGCGCGCCCCGCCGCACUGCAGGCCUGUCAUCCUAAGGGAUAUUCCAAGUUCUCCCUUCAGAUGCGUCCAGGAGGUCUCGUGAAGAUAUACGACUCGGCGCUGAUGUCUUCCUCUCAAUACAAGUGUAUCCUGGCCAGUGAGAGGACCACGGCCGACGAGCUCCUCGCCAUAUUACUACAUUGUUAUGAUUCAACGGAGGGUGUAGAACGAUUUUCGCUCUAUGAGGUGUCGCCAUCUCAAGAAUACGAACGGAAGUUACAUCCAGACGACUUACCGCUGAUGGUGCAGCGCGCUUGGCCCCAAGACAGCGACUGUCACUUCAGAGUGAGAAGAAACCCUCGGGCGCCACCGCUCCCGCCGCGAACCCUCCCCAUACCUUCCCUCUCUCUUCCUGCCCCUUCACCGGAACCCGUGCAAGAGGACGACGAGCCCUCCAGAGCACUAUCAGCCCUGUCUCUCGAGUCGGAAGGAGACAAGAGAUACAGUCCCGUGUACAAGUUUCCCAGCAUAAGUUACUGCAGGGAAACAAAAAAUGACUAUCUUUACAUCUGACUAGCGACGAACCUAGUCAGAAUGAGAAGAUACUUGGAGAAAGACAAGAGAACUGCGAGAAAGAGACUCAAGUGAAUUGUAAAUAGGUGACUGUGUAUAGUGUAAAGUAAUGUAUAGCCGGUCGGUCCGGGCGCAGAGGAACCAAAGAGGUGUACGGCGAGGAACACGUGGGAGGAACCGAGAGUGGGAGACGGAGACGGUCCUACGAGUCUGUUCUUAAGGCGGUUUACUGCACUGAAUGUAUGCACACUAUAAAGUCUUGGGAUUAUUGUAAUCGUCCAUUAAUUGAAACCCUGUUUGUUUUGUAUCUAGUCUAAGUUGCCUUGCAACCACGGAAUCUUAUGAGAAAUCAAAAUUGUAUCGACCAUGCUCAAAGCGCACGGUAUUGUAGACAGUAUUGCAUGACGUUAGAGGUGAUUACUGUGUGUUUUAACAUGGACAGCGUUAAAUUAUGUAAAUAGGUAAUUGUAACUAGCUAGUAGAGACCAAAGAGGCAAGCGAGUAAAUGAAAUAAGAAUUAUUUAUCUGUUACGUAUUGUGAUGUUUAUUUAUUGAAGCGCCGGCGCGGCUCCCGGCGGGCCGCCGCGGAGGGGAUCUAUCAAGGACGUCAUAGAAUAUAUUGUUUUCUUCUAA